AUGGAACUUUGUGAUUCUGGAGGUAGGGGUACAAAAAAAUGGCUUUUUGAGAAUAAAAUCUGAAACAACAACAAAAAAACAAAAUAUAUUAUAAAUGGUUCUUUUCAUCUCUUUCCACAAUGUUAACGUGUACUUCACCAGUUGAUCAAGAAUACACCCUUUUCCUGACCUCUUUAUUACCACUAUGCUUCUGUUUCAGCACUGAAAGUAAAAAACUACAAUGGCAGUAUCUAUGCUAAGCAAGCUUAAAGAUGUGAGGAACUUAUGGCUUGUGUUGGUUCCAGCCAUAGACUGUAUGUACUAUGGACAACUUGGUUCCGCCUCCAGCCUGAAUACGGAUUUGAAGCCAAAAAGCUCUCUGUACUUCCGCGAUUUUUCUUCAUUUCCUGAAACAAGCAUUGCGCAGUAGCAUUGUACGCAUGGGCGGGAGAGUCGUCGAGAGUCACUGUGAUGACGCUCAGCUCAAAUAGCGUAUCCCCCGGGAGAGCUACGCAAUCCCUUAACACCAAUAGGCCGUAUCAGGUGUCAAUCAUAGAACCAGAAGACAUCCUGGAAACAGCUCUAAACAUCUACGAAACACCUGAGGACAACUCAGAAGCUCCAGAGAAGCUCCAAGAAGCCCCUGAAGAGAUCCAGGAGUCCACUGAGGAGAUCCAAGGAGCCCCUGUGGACUUUCAGGAGGCCACUGAGGAGAUCCAAGGAGCCUCCAGUGAGAUCCAGGUGAUCAAUGGCAAAAUCCAAGAAGACCCUGAGAAUAUUCUGCCGCUCUAUGAAGAGAUCCAGAGAACACUUAGAACGUACCAUGAGGAGCAGAUCAGGAGAGAACGUGAGAUGGAGCAUGUCUCAUUAUGGCGCAGGUUUAAGAAGUGGAUGACUCCAAGGCACAGGCGCCAGUACAAACACCAGCAACAGGGGCAGAAUCAGGUGUGAGCUGACCCCCAACAAUAAAUACUGUACCUUGACCGUUGGGUUUUCUCCGGGCCGCUCCGGUUUCCCCAAAUAUCAAAUCUUAUACAUACAAAAAAAAAAAAAAAAAAAACAGCAAGGGAAACACUCAUGUGGAUGUCACACCACCUGAAGACAACCCAAACGCACCAGAGGAGAUCCAGGAGACCACUGAAGAGAUCCAGGGAGCCCCUGAGGAGAUCCAGGAGACCACUGAUGGAAUCCAAGGAGCCCCUGAAGACAAUCCAAACGCACCUGAGGAGAUCCAGGAGUCCACUGAUGAAAUCCAAGAAGCCCCUGAGGAUAUUAGGCCAUCCCCUGAAGAGAUCCUAAUCAAGAGAGAACGUGAGAUGGAGAGUGUCUCAGCAGGGCGCAGGUUUAAGAAGUUGAUGACUCCAAGGCACAGGCGCCAGUACAAACACCAGCAACAGGGGCAGAAUCAGGUGUGA